AUGGCGUAUGAUAUGGGUGAUAAUAUGGAGGGAGAUUAUUUGGAUGGACCCAUUAUCCAACCUAUCCCGGAUAACCUGAUGAUUGGGGAUUUUAUCGAGAUCAAUGGAUGCUGCCGCGGUCCAGAGGUUAUUGUGGAAUUAUUGACUGAUGCAAACGAAGCUGCAAGUAACACAGGCGUGUUGCCAUUACGUAUCAUUCUAAAUGCUGGCGGCCCGGUACAAGUGAUGUCUCAGAAUCGGGCCAAAGUACAAAAACAGGAACAUUUCGUCAAAAACGGUAUACAAGACAAUCUGGCUUUCGAAUUGUGCAUCUACGCAUUGGAAGAGGGUUACGACAUAAAAUUGAACAAUCAAAGAGUUUGUCACGUUCCACACUUGGUGAAAUUGGAAGAAGUCGGCGCUAUCUCAAUGGAUGGGGAUGCAGAUUUUACUAGUAUUGAAUUCAAAGAUGUGUUUGGUGAGGAAGAUGAUGUCAACUAUCCCCAAGAGGAGAUUCAACCUGGAUUCAUGCGUGUACAAGAGUCAAGACAAAGCUCCAUGAGAAAGAAGGCCGCCCCCCUUUUGGUUCGGUCCAGCACUCGGCGAAGUCAACGUUCCAACAGGAUUAAGUCUCCCCCCGUUCUGGCAAAAUCCCAAUGGGAAACAUCAGCCGAUCUGACACGUCCGGAGCUGGAUAUAGAUAGACCAGGAAUCUCAAUGUCUAACACCUAUAGUAAUGAAAUUACCCAACCGACUGUAAACGUGCCGACGUAUUCCCUUCCAAAUCGCGACACAAUGAACCUUGAAGCUCAGCGCUUGGCAGAUAAGAAUAAGAAGAAACAUGGUUCAUGGCUGAUUGGUAAAGGCAAGAAGAAUGGUUCAGAAACCGAUUUACAAGGUUCCUACGUCGACCUGGAGAAGAAGAAAAAGGGCAGUAUUCGAGAUCUAUUCCGAAGGAAAAAGAGCACACCAACCACUUCAAAUGCGGACGUUCGUCAAUCCAAAUCAAUGCCCAGUGUUGUACAGCCAAUAGCAACUAACAGAAUAUCCACCGAUCUAAAUCAGCAUUACAGCGAACUCGGAGGUGGUAUAGACAGAAAUUUCGUCCGAGGUCCAGUUCCGAGCACUUUAUUGAAACAACCAGCUGCGAAUAUUGCCGCUUACGUGGCAGCACAAAAAGCUGUGCCGGAGUUUGAAGACUUUAGUCUCACAACGCAGAAAGGUAUAAUCACUGAUCCGGGAUACUCAAAUUCACGAUCGGCCCCAUCCGUCUCGGCGGCACCGCGAGAAUCAACCUAUGCAAAUUUGGAUACAGAUAAAGAUAGAAAACUCAAGGGCACUGCACCCGAACUAGCAGAUGUUUUGUUGGACCAAGGCCGAGCCCAGUUUGACCAUGAGACCACAUUGACGGGACAAAUUGGCGAACCAGUUGGAACAGUUACUUCAAGUCGCAUCUCCGCUGUACCAGGGACCGUCUAUGCUGAGAAACCAGUUGGUUCUUCAGCCGGACAAUUAAAACUGAAGGGUCCCGCUCCAGAAAUGGCAGCGGUAAUUGAGGAUCGACACGGCCCUGUAAUAGGUCAUGAUACUCAGUUGACGUCGAACGUCACAAUGGCACCGGUUGCAACCGCGCCCGUGGUUUCUGGAGAAUAUGUGAAUGCAAAUCAAAACUUUAAAGGCACCGCGCCGGUAGUUUCAGGAGAAUACGUGAAUACAACCCAGAAAAUUAAAGGGACCGCACCGGAAAUGGCUUCACAGCUUCAUGAUAUUUAUGGAUCCCGUGGUGUGGUGGACGAUAACUACACUCUGUCCGGUAUGUCACAAGCACCUAAACCAAGAGAUACAGUUUAUACAAAGCCAACUACCGAUCUAGUCAACCAAAAACCAGUGGGUGAAGUGAUCUAUCAAAAACCGCCCAUCGAUGUGGAUUACGAAAAAUCUCGAAAUGUACAAACUCAUCCAACUUACGAAUCACCGGUUCAACCCAGACCAGUGCUUGUCACUGAGAAAUCUCAGCCCCAGCGACCCAUGUCUGCUGGACGACCGCAUCUAGACGAUGAUCUCAGCGAUGUGAGUACUGUGCAUUCCGAUCAGGAGUUCUAUCUUGAAGUGGGACGAAGUGCAUACUAUUUGGAGCGUAAAAAGUCACUCAAACGUCAUCGUUCACGAAGAACUGCACAAAAAGAAAGAGAUGCACGACGUUCGAUGGGUCUGGAAGAUCGUGACUCGCAACGCAGUAGUAUUUCGUCCCUGAAACCCGGAGAUCCCGUACUGAUUGCGCGUAAACGCAUGGGUACCGAUAGAGCCGGCGUAAAUUCGUGGCUAAAUGGACACGCGAGCACCUACGGUCACGAAAGAAGCACAGAACGACCACGCGUGUACGCGGCACCGCCAGUCCUCACGGAAUCACACACUAUCCCCAAUCUGGUAAUCGAUGCCUAUCAGAUGAAAAAAGAUGACUAUAAAGCUGAACUACCGCUCCCGUUGAGACCUGGUCGUAGUGCGACAUUGAUUGGUCACUUUGUGCACACGAAAGAUGUGCCCGAGUCGUGCUCAAUUCUGCUCACCGGACCGACAGGUGAGGAAUCGACACUGAUCUUGGAAUUGUGGUCAAACGCGCGACUGGAUGUGUACGGGUUUGUCAACCACAAACCGGUCAUGUUGUUACGCUGUGACAAUGUCAAAUCCGAUAUCGAAUCGGAGUUCGUGUUGGAAUUGCACAACCGAGACGCGAAGUUGGCUGUGAGUUUACAUCCAUUAACAUGA